GGGGUCCCACUCUCGCGAGCUUAGAAGACGAUUCAAUGAACAUCAACGCUACGUCAAGCAGCAUACCUCACCCAUCAUGGCGGUGACACCCACACAAUUCGCACGAACGACGCGGACGUCGGCCAAUUGGAACGACGCAAAACGACGAGUCCUUGCGGCUUAUCGAGAAUGGAUCCGAGCAGCGCCUGAAAUCCAAACGAUGUACUCGGUUCCCUUCCCAGUCUCCGUCAUCCGCACACGAAUGCGACAAGAAUUCGAGCGACACAGAUUCGUAAACAAGUUACCGGUAAUCGAUGUACUACUCAUGCAAAACAACGCCGAAUACCAGGAAACCAUGAAUUUUUGGAAACAAACUACGCACGUCAUGUCCUAUUUCAAGACCGAGAACUUCCGGGGAGACGAUAGAUUGCCGGACAACUUCAUGAAGGGUUUCCUAGAGGGUCGCAAUUAGAAAUGGGUAUCGUCUCACUAUAUUGUACAUAGCAAGACCAGAAGCAAAAUUUAUCACCUAGG